AGAAGAUUUAAAUCCGGAUGAGAUUCCUUACCUAGUUUAAUCACGCCACGUGGCAAAGAAGUCCAGACGCUGGUCGAAUUUCUGGGAGAAGAACUGAAGAAGCCGUCAGUAUCUGUACGAGCAUACCCGUAGAGAAAACAAAGAGAGAAUGCCAUAAAGCUUUGCAGGAAUGGGUUGCUGCUCGCCUCCUACAAUUAUCUUUCUCGGAAGCAAUCUGGGGACAGCAUCUCGGUUAGUACUCAAGCCAUAUCGAGGUGGGAAGGUGAAAGGAAAACAACAGCUUAGAAGAUCUUUGGAGAUCAAAGCAGAAAUUGAAUUUGUAAAUGCGAAUGAGGCAAAGAAACUUGUUGCUGAUGAUGGGUAUGUAGUGUUAGAUGUGCGUGACAAGACUCAAUUCAAGCGAUCCCGUAUAAAAGAAUGUCAACAUGUUCCACUCUUCAUCGAAAAUAAAGAAAAUGACUUAGGAACUGUCAUAAAGAGAACUAUGCACAACAAUUUUUCUGGUUUAUUCUUUGGUCUGCCUUUUACUAAACCAAAUCCUGAAUUUCUGCAUUCUGUUAGAAGCCAAUUUUCACAUGAAAGCAAGCUGUUACUUGUUUGUCAAGAAGGAUUAAGGUCUGCUGCUGCUGCACAGAGGUUAGAGGAGGCUGGUUACCAGAAAAUAGCAUGCAUAACAUCAGGGCUUAAAUCUGUGGAACCAGGAACAUUUGAUUAUGUGGGUUCCACGGAGUUGCAAAAUGCUGGCAAGGCUGGUUUAGUUACUGUACAAGGCAAAAUUUCAGCUGUGUUAGGAACUGUGCUAAUUUGUGCAUUUCUCUUCAUCACAUUCUUCCCCGAACAAGCGGAGAAGCUACUUCAAAUUGCUCCUGCAAGCUUUGCCCCAAAGUGAUCGUGUCUUUCUUACAAAUCUGGAGAGCUUAGCCAUCUGUUAGAGCAAAUACUUUGUACUUGCAGUGACUAUCAAAUUUCAGGUGUAAUGCGUGUGUAAAAUGUCAAUACUACGUGAAACAAUUUUCAAGAUUGUACAUAGUUUUUUAUUUCCACACGAAAGAUAUAUUUUUAGCAUUCAAGCUUCAAAAGAAAUGGUUCUGUUAGGUCACAUAGAAAUUUGAACACGGUAACGGUCCUAAACAGGUAGGACUCCAAUGAGGCUCAUUCAAUAUGCAUUUCUAUAAAAUCGCCAUGACUAUGCAAUACGUAAUUUCGAACCUUG